CAGCAAACACAUCCUCCUCCAUAAAAACUCUUGAGUCACUUUUUCAAGAAACCGCCGGUCAAGCCUUCAGCUGUUUGCAGUGUCGGCGUGGGAGAAAGAAACCAUGUCUCAGCAGAUGUUAUCCUUGACGGCGGUGUCCAUGUGGCUUUUUGCCGGGUACUUCCUGGCAGAAGCAACAUAUUACAACCACCAUAUGUACAACCGCUACCGUGCGCUCAAUCACCAUGCCAGCAUGGACAAUCAGCUUCCUCCAGAGGUGCCUGUGGUGACGGAAGCAGUGGCCCCUCAUCCAGUCAACUUCAGUCGCACCUUUUAUGGGAUCAUGUUUGAUGCAGGCAGCACCGGCACCCGUAUCCAUAUUUACAAGUUCAUUCAAAAAGACCCAGUUGAGCUUCCAGUGCUUGACAAUGAGAUGUACCAUGCCGUGAAGCCUGGACUGUCAGCGUAUGCGGAUAUUCCCGAAGUGGGUGGAGAAACCAUUAGGCAGCUGUUGAAGGUUGCAAAGAAGAUGAUUCCCAAAGAGCAAUGGAUACAGACACCUGUGGUUCUGAAAGCCACUGCCGGCUUGCGCCUGCUGCCUCAAGAAAAAGCCAAAGCUCUUUUGAAUGAGGUCAAAGAAAUUUUUGACGACUCUCCUUUCUUUGUGCCAAACAACAGUGUCACCAUCAUGAAUGGCACCAAUGAGGGGGUCUUGGCAUGGGUUACAGUAAACUUCCUCACAGGUCACCUGUAUGCUAAAACAAGGAAAACUGUCGGGAUCCUGGAUUUGGGUGGGGGUUCAACUCAGAUUACUUUCCUUCCUCGGUUAAAGAAAACUGUGCUGACUGCUCCUGCAGACUACAUUGCCAAAAUCAACAUGUUCAACAACACUUUUGAGCUGUAUACUCACAGUUAUCUUGGAAAUGGACUAAUUGCUGCACGACUGGCAACUCUUGGCGCUCUUGGUGCUGAUGGUCUUGACUGGAAAGUUUUCAGAAGUUCUUGUUUACCAAAAAAAUUCAGAGAAGACUGGAGCUUUGGUGGACUCACCUACAAAGUCAGUGGAAUCCCAGAUGGUUUUGCAGGGUAUAAGUUGUGCUACCAAGAGGUAAUGCGGGUGGUGAAAGGGAUUGUGCACCAGCCCUUUGAAAUCAAGGGAAGCAGCAUCUUCUAUGCCUUCUCCUAUUACUAUGACAGAGCUGUAGAGUCUGGUCUCAUUGACGAGUCCCGUGGCGGUACUGUGGAAGUCAGGGAUUUUAAAAAGAGAGCCAAAGAAGUGUGCAACAAGAUGACUAAAUAUCGUCCGAUCAGCCCCUUUUUGUGCAUGGACAUGACCUAUAUCACAUGCCUAUUGAAAGAGGGAUUUGGGUUCAAGGACAGCACUGUUCUGCAGCUUACUAAAAAGGUGAAUAAUGUGGAGACAAGCUGGGCACUUGGCGCCACCUUCGAUCAUUUCCACAAGCUCAACAUUCAUUAAAGCCUGCAGUCUUGCAGUGGACACCAGCAUGAGGGGCAGCACAGGGGUCAAGCAGGUGCAAAACUCACCUGCUGAAGCAGCCCCUCUUUGUCCUUCUCCAUAACUCUUUAAUUGAGUUUCAGACCUGCCCUGCACUGCAGCCCUAUAUCACAACGCUCUCCCCUCUCAUCAAUUAAACACUUACAGAACUGUUCACAAAGAAAUCACUAUAUUUUUGUAAAGAUGGCCAGG